UUCUGUGUUGUAUACAUCUACUACACUCUCUCUCUCUCUCUCUCUCUCUCUCUUCAGACUCAGAGCAGAGCUCUCUGCAAAUGGAGUCCCAGAAGCCCAACGGCGAUCCUGCGGCGGAGGAGAGGUGUCCGGUGGAGGAGGUGGCGCUGGUGGUGCCGGAAACAGACGACCCAUCACUCCCGGUGCUGACUUUUCGAGCAUGGUUUCUGGGUCUGAGCUCUUGCGUAAUUCUGAUAUUCCUCAACACUUUCUUCAUGUACAGGACACAACCCUUGUCUAUCUCCGGCAUUCUCAUGCAAAUCGCAGUCUUGCCUUUUGGGAAAUUCAUGGCGGCGACUCUUCCGACGAGGAAGUUCGGGUUAAUGGGUCGUACCUUCAGCUUGAAUCCUGGACCGUUCAAUAUGAAGGAGCAUGUGGUCAUCACUGUCAUGGCUAAUUGUGCGGUCUCUACUGGUGGGGGUGAUGCGUACCCGAUUGGAGCCAUUACUGUCAUGAAGGCUUACUAUAAGCAGAGCUUGAAUUUCUUGUGUGCCCUCAUUAUUGUCUUGACUACACAGGUAUUGGGAUAUGGAUGGGCUGGGAUAUUGAGGAGGUACCUGGUUGAUCCUGUUGAAAUGUGGUGGCCUUCAAACCUUGCUCAAGUUUCUCUUUUUAGAGCACUCCAUGAAAAGGAACAGAAAAGAAAAGGCAUAACCCGAAUGCAAUUUUUUCUUGUUUUCUUCACUGCGAGCUUUGCCUAUUACACAUUUCCGGGCUAUCUAUUCCCCAUUUUGACAUUCUUCUCAUGGGUAUGUUGGGCAUGGCCUCGUAGUAUCACAGCUCAGCAGAUCGGCUCCGGUUACCGUGGAAUUGGGAUUGGUGCCUUCACCCUUGAUUGGGCUGGGAUUUCUGCUUAUCAUGGCAGCCCAUUGGUGACACCCUGGUUUUCCAUUCUCAAUGUCGGGAUCGGCUUUGUCAUGUUCAUUUACAUUAUUAUCCCUCUGUGUUAUUGGAAGUUCAACACUUUUGAUGCCCAGAAAUUCCCCAUCUUUUCUAGUGACUUGUUCACUUCUACUGGCCACAAAUAUGAUACCACCAAGAUCUUGACUCCACAAUACGAUCUCAACAUUCCGGCUUACAAUAGUUAUGGGAAGCUCUAUCUUAGCCCUCUAUUUGCCCUUUCAAUUGGAUCGGGAUUCGCAAGAUUUUCAGCAACACUCACUCACGUGGCCCUGUUUCAUGGCAGUGAUAUCUGGGAACAAAGUAAGUCAGCAGUUAAGAAUGCCAAAUUGGACGUCCAUGCAAAACUAAUGAAACACUACAAACAAGUACCUCAAUGGUGGUUUCUCGUCUUAUUAAUUGGAAGCAUCGCCCUAUCCCUGUUAAUGUCCUUUGUGUGGAAAAAAGAUGUGCAGCUGCAAUGGUGGGGAAUGCUCUUUGCCUUUGGCCUGGCUUUUAUUGUUACCCUUCCCAUUGGAGUCAUUCAAGCAACAACAAAUCAGCAACCAGGAUAUGAUAUCAUUGCACAGUUCAUAUUUGGGUAUGUCCUGCCUGGGAAACCCAUUGCAAACUUGAUUUUCAAGAUGUAUGGGCGAAUCAGCACCCUUCAUGCUCUGUCUUUCCUGUCCGAUCUUAAACUCGGACACUACAUGAAAAUCCCACCACGGAGCAUGUACAUGGCUCAGCUGGUGGCAACACUUGUUGCUGGUACAGUCAACCUUGCCGUGUCAUGGUGGAUGCUGGGGAGCAUUCAGAACCUUUGUGAUGUCGAAGCACUCCAUCCUGAAAGCCCAUGGACAUGCCCAAAGUUCCGAGUCACCUUCGAUUCCUCAGUUAUAUGGGGACUAAUUGGACCAAAGCGACUGUUUGGACCGGGAGGGUUGUACAGGAACUUGGUAUGGUUAUUCCUCAUCGGAGCUUUCUUGCCUGUACCUGUUUGGAUUCUCACUAAAAUUUUCCCAGAAAAGAAAUGGAUUCCCUUGAUUAACAUUCCGGUUAUAUCAUAUGGGUUUGCUGGAAUGCCACCAGCGACUCCCACCAACAUUGCUAGCUGGCUUAUCACCGGCACAAUCUUCAACUAUUUUGUGUUCAAAUACCGGAAGCAAUGGUGGCAAAAGUACAACUAUGUUCUCUCGGCAGCGUUGGACGCUGGCACGGCUUUCAUGGGUGUUCUUCUGUUCUUUGCUCUGCAGAACGAAGGCGUAAAUUUUAAGUGGUGGGGGUCGGACCUGGAUCAUUGUCCUCUGGCCAAGUGCCCCACUGCACCGGGUAUCAGAGUUGAAGGGUGCCCAGUUUUUAAUUGAUGGGUUUUUGAAGAUCCAAAGUAUAGUCAGAAAUGGCUCUCUCUGCAUAGAGCAGGUUUAAGGGGUUAUUUUUUUUAGUUAAGAGAAAAUGUUAAAGAUGGUAAUUGUUUGAAUGCUUUGCCUUUGUGUGUAUAGUAAAUGUUUCCAUACUCAUUGUUGGAUGUAGGAAAUGGUUUUCUACCCAUCAUAUAAGCCUUGGUCCUAGUCCUAGAAUUUUGUUGUGCUUAUACAACAUAUACGAGUAUUUGUCAACAUUUCCUCUGUUUUUAUUUUGGUUUUGUGUAUUUGCAGUAAAUCAUAAUCUGCCUCUACUAUCCA